GAGGGUAAACUCACCCAGACAGGACAGGAAGAACUGAUCCCAGGCUGUGCAGUCAAGAAGAGAAAAAGGAGGGAGGAGGGGGGAAAAUAAUGCAAAAUAGCCAGACAGAGAUGCUCAAGAGCUGCAUCGGUUCUCGUCUGCGAGGAACAAAAACAUUGUGCUGGUGAAUGGAAGCGCGUGAGUUCAACCACCAGGCUGAGGCGCGUGCGAUGAGAAACCAGGCAGACUUCAAUCGCUGAUGCUGAACAGCUACUCCUCUGUCCCUCCGUGACUGCCUCGGCCAGAUCGGACUGAGCCUGUGUGCGACGUGGAGACUCCCGCGGUUGCUGCUCCCCUCCCUACAGCCUCCGGCUGUGCUUGGGCUAUGGUCCUGACUGAGAAACUGUUCAUCACCCAGAUGCUGAGCUCUGACUGUAUGGGAGGCUAAUUCCGCAAACACCAGCAUGGGAGCUAAGCAGAUGAAAUGUCUCAGCUCAGCCAGUCCUGCACACUCCCCCAAAGAGGAGUAUGUCAUCACCCAGUCCACUGACACCGCCAAAGAAGAACCAGUCCAUGAUGAGGACCAGGGAGCACCUCAGGAGCACAAAUCUGAGCCAACUGAGAAGAAAUCCAUCCCAGAAGAGGUGUCACUCUGUGGACUGUGUCCCUCCCUCGGCCACAAUGGACAAGAGGAAGAAAAGUCCUGGGAGGAGCAGCUGGAUGCCCACCAGGAGCAGCUAGAGAAGGAGAUGCAUGAAGCCAGAAGGAUGGUAUUCCGCCUACAGGGUUUGCUGCUGCACGGUUCGCUCCCUGAAGAAGACCAGGAUGGAUCCGUAAACUUCGGAGACGCCCGGGCGACCACCGAGCAGCAGCUGGUUCUAAUCCGCAGUCGUCUGGACCAAAGCACGGAGGAAGCCCUUGAUCUGAAGAGGGAACUCCUGAGGCACAAACAAGAGACGCGGCACAUUCAGGCCAUCAAGGAUGCUCUGCAGCAGCGUCUGGCGGUGCAGGAGGAGGCUGUGCUGCAGCUAAAGCAGGAACUACUGAGGUGCAACAUGGCCAAAGAUCAGUUGGAAGGAGAAAAUGAGGAGCUCCAACGCAAGCUGAGCGAAAGAAACAAAUUCCUCAGUGAAUACGAGCAGCAGCUUGGCAGGAAGGACAGAUUCCUGCUGCAGCAAAGGCUCGAUGAAGCCCAGCAUAAAGCACAGGAAGGGAGCCACGUACGGUCGUUCAGGAGUGAAAAUGGUGGCUAUAGUAACUCGAUGGCAUCAAAGUCUCCUGCAGCGUUUCAGCACAACGCACCAGGUGAGGAGCUGCAGCUGGUUAGGGAAGCACUUCGCAGUCUGAGGGACAGUUUCUCGGGUCACGACCCCCAGCACCACACCCUGGACACUCUGGAGCAAGGCGUGGCCAGUCUCAUGGACCGCCUGCACUCACUGGACGUCCAGCGCAGACAGGACAGAGGGGAGGAAUUUAAAUCACCAGGUCGUAGAGCCAACUCAACAGACCGUGACUCCUGGCCGCCAAGCUCUAAAAUGGCACACUCACACAGCAGCCCUGGCCUAGACGCUGUCGUCUCCACUAAAGUGCUCUACUUCACAGAUCGCUCGCUCACUCCCUUCCUGAUUAACAUCCCUAAAAGGCUGGGUGAAGUGACACUGCGAGACUUCAAGGCUGCUGUAGACAGACAAGGCAAUUUCAGAUACCACUUCAAAGCCCUUGACCCAGAGUUUGGCACCGUGAAAGAGGAGGUGUUUCAGGACGGAGCGAUUGUCCCUGGCUGGGAGGGCAAGAUUGUAGCGUGGGUGGAGGAGGACCACGGAGAGCGGAGGUAGAACCCCAAACACCAGAGAUGACCACUACAAACCUUGGUUGUUGCCACUGGACCAACACACCACCCAAACUCAUGAGAUGCCAUAUGAAAGAGCAUCGGUCGCAUAUUAAACCGGGAGUUAGCAGCUUUGGAUAUGCAGCCAUAUUUAAAAUGUGAAUGUUUCAUAUCAAGAAACUGACUUGACAUUUGGGUAAAAUAUUCUUUAAUAUAUUGCCUACUAUCCAUAUUAACUUGUUAAACAGCCUCUUAUUGGUCCGUAUUGUGAUACUUGAAGCUCUAAACCCUAAAGCAGUGUUAGCUAAAGCUGUAAUCGGUCCAGAAACCUCAAAAUGGGAAAAAAAAGUUUACUGACAUUUUUCACAGGUUCCAUGUUGCCAAAUGUUGUUGUUGUUGUUGUUGUUCUGCAUCAGUUUGGAUGUUUUAAUAAACAUAAAUUAUUGCAUGGA